AUGACAUCUUGUUCAGCAAUUUAUGUGUGUUUUGCUCUAGUUUGCUGGGAUCAGCAUACAAUACUCUUCACAAAUCUUUCACAUUGUACACCAACUUCAAUUCCCAUUACAAAAAUUAGUCAAAUAUUAAGCGUAAAACAUUUUGAUCAUGUACCAUCUAAGGGAACAAAAGACAAUCCAAAAGAAGUUGGCUAUUCAUGUUUGUAUUGUACACAAAUGGAUUUUAUCGAUAAUAAAACAUUAUCGAUUACAUUUUGCAAUAUUCAGCAUACUAAAGUAGAACUAAGAAAUUUUUGUAUAAGUCAGCAUGAUAGUUUAACGAAAGCAAAAGAUCAAUGUUAUUGCAGUGAGAAGGUUAAUGUGCAACCGAUUCGUGCAUGGUCUCAUUCAGUUGAAAUACCUUUAGGAAAAAGUAUGAAAAAUAGUGCACUAGUGACACAUAUCAAUAAAGAUUCAUUUGGCACUUCAUUUAUUAUCGGAGCCAUGAUCAUUGGUCUAAUUAUUACUGGUGGUCUUAUUAGUAUGCUGUACUAUGUUGUUGUUAUUCGCGCUCAGACACGCGAACGAACUACAUUCGAAUAA